UAUUACGACCGCGUAAACACCGCCAUACAUACGUCGUGCGACCGGCUCGCGUGACGGUCGUCCUGAAUGUGUGGGUCUGUGGGUGUGUGCGUGUGUGUGGGUGUGUGGGUGUGUGUAUGUGUGUGCGUGUUCGUGUGCGUGUGUGCAGUCUGAGCUCGCGUGCUCGCGUGCUUACACCGGGUUUUUUUUAUAAUACGCGAAUAUAGGUACCCGCUGCAGGUAUAUAAUAAUAUAUACCCAUUGUUCGUGCCCGACGAUUAAUGCGAUCUGUUUCCAUUGAUCUCACGCAAACUGCAGCAGCGUUAAAAUGAAAAAAGAAAGGAAAAAACACUGCAAAGACAAAAAUAAGAAACAGCCCUCGGAUUUGUGUUCGCCCGGUUGCAGCAGUAUGGAUUGCAUGGGCCUACAGCAAAUUCCAUCGUCACCGCCGCCGAGUUAUGAGCACAGUUUGCAGGAGCCAGGACAAUCUUCCGAUCACGGUGGUCAUCUGCAGCAGAUGGUCACGGACGAUGAAAUUUGCGCCGGAGGAAGUGGUCUGCAAUCGUGUAGCUCUGAGAUCGAAUGUCAAAGUAAUGGCUCGCCCGUAAGACAAGAAAUAUUUCACAAGAGCAGCAAAGAGUUUUACAAAGCGGUCGCUGCCCAGUGGGGUAUAACUUGCAAGAUGAGCGACCACUGCAGGUGUCUGGAAUGUCAGAGUCGGUAUUUCGAUUGUGAGUAUGAUCAAGAGAACGAACAGGAGAAGACAGACGGUGGUCUCGGAGCUGGUACACCAAUGUUCUUAUCAGAAGUCAUGCACGGGUCCACUUGCACAUUAAUUUAAUGCAUAUUUUUCACACAAUAGAUUUGUUAUUUUUUUAUGAAAUACCUAAUCGUUGUGGCAAUUAUUACGUGUAUCUACUAAUGACAGCCCAACGAUACCAUACAUAAUAUUAUUAUAUAUUUAUAUUGUUUUGCGUAAUGACAUGUUUGAUUACAAUGCCCAGGGCCUACUAUAAUAUUGUAUUAAGUAUUAACAAACAUUUUUAACCAGGCUAUGAAUAUUUUACCGCCAAAAAAAAAAACCUAUAAAGCCUGUCUGAUUUUUAAAGUUAACCUUCUUACAUAAUAUGUGUUCUUAAUUUUUUUACUUUUACUAAAAACAUUUUAUUUUAUAUUGAUACCAAUUGACCUAUAUAUUUAUAUAAUAUUGUAAGUUACUAAUUAAAUCUAAAUGGUUAUUACCUAUAAACUAUAAAUCAAUUCUACAAAACAAUUAUUGACAAUGCAUUAAAAUAAUAAAUUAUUAACAAUUAU